GCACGCUCCACGGUCUGUUCUCGUCAUCCGUCAGAUCAUCUCCUCGAGAGAAGGGAGAUUGAAAGGGCUGCCGCGAGCCAGCCAGUAACGGAGACCGGGGAAGGCACUGACCCAUUCCGCUUUCCUGCCUUGUCCAAUAACAAGUGAUUUUUGGGGAAUGGAUAUAUUGUUUUGUCAAUUUCGAGAGCUAAAAGCUCGGAAUGGCAAAGGUAAACGGUCUUCCAUAACGGAUAUUCAUCUAUUUGUGCCACAUAACAUUCAGACGACAGCGAGAAAGUUAUAGCUUUCUCUUUUCAACCGAAUUGCUUGAAUAAAGACUAGGCUACAGUGGGCUAGAAUUAAAAAGCUCAGAUGUCCAUAAAGAGCCGAGUUUACAGCGUGCGACACCUGCAAAACAGAAGCGCCUGCAGUGUGUUUAUGGAUAGAUAGGGCAUCUUGAAUAGAUUCUUCCAGAUGAUUUAACUUCGUCUAUAUCGGAAUAUCUGCGGGUGUUUUCAACUCUGCCUGUCAACACUGUUCAUUUCAGACCAGAGGAAAUGUAACAGUGAUUCGCGAGGGACGACGAAAUCACCAACGAUCAAAGGAUUCAUCCAAAACGGUUCAAAAAUCAAACUGGCAGUUUUAUUGCGGAGUACCAGAGGAGAAACCUACAUUCUCCCGGAGACGUCCAAGCAGGAUGGAACUCAAACUGGGAUACUAGACCAGUAGAACAAUCGCCGUCAUGUUUGGAAGAGGUUGUGGUGGUGUAGGUGUUCUCCUUGUCCUAUGUGGGUGGUUGGAGCUCUCCUCUCCCUGUCCCAGAGACUGUAUCUGCUACACCUCUCCCAGCACCGUGUCCUGUCAGGCCCAUAACUUUCUGUCUGUCCCAGAGGAGAUCCCAGCCCAGAGCGAGAGGGUCUUCCUGCAGAACAACAAGAUCCAGCGUCUCCUGCGGGGUCACUUCAGCCCCACCACGGCCAUGCUGUGGCUUUACUCCAACAACAUCUCCUAUAUCCAGGCCUCCACCUUUCACGGCUUUGCCCGCCUGGAGGAGCUGGACCUGGGGGACAACCGUCACCUGAGGGCCCUGGCUUCAGAUACCUUCCAGGGGCUAGGCCGGUUACACGCCCUGCACCUCUACCACUGUGGUCUUCUCAGCCUGCCAUCUGGGAUAUUCGAGGGGCUCAGCAGCCUGCAGUACCUCUAUCUACAGGACAACCAGUUGGAGUUCCUGGAGGAUGAUCUGUUUGUUGACCUGCUGAACCUCAGCCACCUCUUCCUCCAUGGCAACAGGCUAUGGUCUCUCCACCAGAACACCUUCAGGGGUCUGGGGGUGCUGGACCGUCUCUUGCUGCACCAGAACCGUCUGCAGUGGGUCCACCGUCUGGCCUUCCACGACCUGCAUCGCCUCACCACCCUCUACCUGUUCAACAACUCUCUGACUGAGCUGUCUGGGGCCUGCCUGGCUCUGUUGCCUGCUCUAGAGUACCUCAGACUCAACGACAACCUUUGGGAGUGUGACUGCAAGGCCCUGCCGCUGUGGGAUUGGCUGCGAAGGUUCCGGGGCUCCACGUCGUCUCUGGGUUGCGUCUCUCCUCCAGAGCUUCAAGGCCGGGACCUGAAGGAGCUGAGGAAAGAGGAACUACCCAGCUGUUCAGCAGGAGAAACCCAGGGAGGAGGUGUCAUAGGCGGGGAGGCCGAGCUGGGGGAGUCCCUGAAGAAAGAGGAGGACCAUCGACUCCAUCACAGGAACCACAGGCACCGCCAUAACCACCACCAGCACCCACACCUCCCACACGGGGAUCAGCACAAUGGGGACCUGUCCCCCUCGCCCCUACCCCUGCCCAGGCCGCCCAAGGGGAGCCGCAGGAACUGUACCCGCAACAGGGGGCGUAAGGGAAAGGGAGGGGGUCAGGGGGGCUUGAAUGAGGUGCAGACACUGAGGGAGGUGGAGGAGAAGGACAACGCCCCUGGAGGGGGUAAACAUGACCCCUCUGCCCCCACUCGCAGGAGGAACAAGUGUGUCCCUAGGACUUCAGUUGGACCGCCCAGCGGGGUCAAGAGAGCCAAUAGUAAUGCAGCGUCCCGCUCCGCUGGGACUUUUCUCUGUGUCCUAUUGGCUGGGCUGCUGUCACUCACUGCUGUGAUCCUCCUCUGAGACUGAAAGGAGGGUGUUUUAUAUUAACCCCUACAAUACAGUACACACUCCUCUGAAUGUCAGACCCACUCUGGCUCCUGCACUGAGGUGUGUGUGUGUGUGUGUGUGUGUGUGUGUGUGUG